AUGGAGAGAUUAAAAACUUGUUAAUAAUAGUAAAAUGUGCAUAAAGUAUAUUAAAAAGAUUAAAUUGAUUUUUUAAAAUCCAUCAAAUAAUAAGCUAACACAGAGCAGUUUUAACAUAUCAAUAAUUAAAUUAGUAAUAGUUAAACUUACUUGAAAUAUUUAAUAUUUUUUAUGCGAUAAAUUAUAAAUUACUUUAUUUAUUUUAAUAAAUUAUAGUUAAGAUAUCAUCAUAUAUCAAUUCCUCACUAACUAUAUAUACUCAACUCAAGUUUGAAUAUUUUUAAUAUCACUAAAAUAAUUUAUAGCAAAUUAAAAUAUAACAUCAACUAAUUCAACUUUUAGAUUUAAUAAAUUAAUUAAAGGAUUCAAAAACAAAUAAUUAUUAUAUGAUUUAGAAUUAAAGACAAAUAGAUCUAAAAUGAUUUCAGUCAUUCUAAGCAUCUCAGAAUUUAUUAGGUUAAUGCUUACAAUUAAUUCAAAUGAUGAGAACAACUUUACUCUUAUAAUAGGCAUAGGAGUAAGAAAUAGAAGAGGAGGAUAAAAAAAGAAAUUAGCUAAUCUUAAGGCUUGA